CGCGCUACGACCUACCGCAACGGUGACCCGGUUUGCCCUCUGUGCGUGUAGCAGGCCGUCACCCCGCCGCUGGCAAGUUGAAGGAAGAUCGUUUGCAAUCCAUCUAGACCCUAGUGGAUGGACGUCCGAAUGGAAUUGGAUGGGGUCGAGAAGCCGAAUACGACGGUGCGCGAAGCGUCGGCACCUUUCGACAAGCUCAGCGCGGACUUCAUCCUGCGCUCAUCAGACCUUGUCGACUUCCGCGUCCAUAAGUGCAUCCUAUCACAAGUAUCCCCUAUCUUUGACGGCAUGUUCACGCUGCCACAGCCCCAAUCCCAGGAGAGCGCAGGAGGAUCCUUAGACGCUAGCACACAAGCGUCGGGGACCGCCCUCCCUGUUGUCACAGUCCAGGAAGCAAGUGAAGUGCUCGACAUCAUUCUGCGCAUCUGCUAUCCAGUCGCAAAUCCGCCCUUCAGCCAAAUCUACCCUCUUUUGUACCCCCUAAGAUAGCCCCAGCUCAUCCUCGACUACUAUCACGUGCCGCUUGGCUGCCAGAUCGUCCUAGGCAGUACUGUAGAUGUAUCAGACCUUCGCACAACACAUAAGCCCCAAAUCGCUGCCCC